CAUGGACCCGCGUCCCUCCGCCUCCACCGCCGCGUAGAGGGCGACCCCGACCCGACACUCCACCUCCGGGCAGAUUCAAACAAAAAAACACCCGCUUCUGGAAAAGCAACCACCAAAGCUUGUCGUGGUCGAGUCGGUCGGCCGGUGGCUGCUGCUGCUGCAGGGAGACUCUCCCCGGGCUCGUUGAGCGGCGCUGAAGGAUGACUGCUGCACGGCUCGCUGCUGAAUCCCGGUGAACGAACGGCGUCUCAUGUCCACACGGCGGAAGGAUGGCUCAUGGCAAAGUGACCAUCGCGGUGGACGAGUACAGCUCCAACCCCACACAGGCCUUCACACACUAUAACAUCAACCAGAGCCGCUUCCAACCUCCACAUGUCCACAUGGUGGACCCCAUUCCAUAUGAUACCCCCAAGCCGGCGGGACACACCAGGUUCGUGUGUGUGUCCGACACACACUCGCGCACAGACGGGAUCCAGAUGCCGUACGGCGACGUGCUGCUGCACACGGGCGACUUCACCGAGCUGGGCCUCCCCUCCGAGGUCAAGAAGUUCAACGAAUGGCUAGGUGGCCUUCCGUACGAGUUCAAAGUGGUGAUCGCCGGGAACCACGAGCUGACCUUCGAUAAGGACUUUAUGGCUGAGCUGGUGAAGCAGGAUUACUACCGAUUCCCCUCAGUCUCCAAACUCAAACCUGAGGACUUUGACAAUGUCCAGUCGGUGCUCACGAACGGCGUGUACCUGCAGGACUCGGACGUCACCAUUAAGGGAUUCCGGAUAUACGGGACGCCAUGGAAACAACCUCACAGCUCUAGUGACUGUGAGCUGGAGGAGGAGGAGGUGGUGGAGGAGGAGGAGGACAGACGCCUCUGA